GGGAUAGCUGUUCUGUGGCCGCUUCUAGUGCGCCUCUUCGCAAAUGAGCAGAAAGGAGGCUAGGGCUCCCCUCCGCGCAUUUGAGCGAGCGGUGAGCCUCCGCGCGAUCGGCCACCCAGCCCAGGGCAGGGAACGGGUGGUGGUCGGCUGAGCCCGCGGUACCCGCUUCUGUCGCCGUCUCUACGGGCCCCGCUCUCUCCUCAGGGUCCCAUGAUGGCGGCGGCGUGGAUGGACCCGACGCGGGUGUCUGUGACCUUCGAUGACGUGGCCGUGACUUUUACCCAGGAGGAGUGGGGGCAGCUGGACCCGGCUCAGAGGACCCUGUACCAGGAGGUGAUGCUAGAAAACUGUGGGCUCCUGGUGUCUCUGGGGUGUCCUGUUCCCAGAUCUGAGCUGAUCUACCAGCUGGAGCAGGGGCAGGAGCUGUGGACGGUGAAGAAAGACUUUUCCGGAAGCACCUGUCCAGGUGACAAAGGAAAGCCCAAGACCACAGAACCUACCACUUGUGAGCCAGCCCUGUCUGAGGGAGUCUCACUCCAGCAACAACUAAUACAAAGAGUUUCAGAGGACUCCCAUUUGGGCCAAAUCAACGAUCAGGAAGGGUCACUGGAAAUGCAAGAAGGACACUUGAGACCAGAGAUAGAACCCCAGAAGGGGAAGCUCCCUGGGAAACCAAGCUCUGAAUAUGGCAGCUUAGGGACAGCUGGUGGUGUGUGUUCAAGGAUUGUAGAGGAGCCGGUCCCUCCAGGAGGUGCUGUCCAUGACCAUUACUUAUGUGGAUCUGGUAAUGAUCUCAUGAUUCAGGAAGAGGAAAGUAUCUUUAAGUGCAACGACUGUGGGAAAAUUUUUAAUAAGAAACGCCUCCUUGCUCGACAUGAGAGGAUUCACUCUGGCGUGAAGCCCUAUGAAUGCACAGAGUGUGGGAAAACCUUUAGUAAGAGCACUUAUCUCCUUCAACACCACAUGGUCCACACCGGGGAGAAGCCCUAUAAGUGCAUGGAGUGUGGCAAGGCCUUCAACCGCAAGUCACACCUUACACAGCACCAGCGGAUUCACAGUGGAGAAAAGCCUUAUAAAUGCAAUGAAUGUGGAAAGGCCUUCACCCACCGCUCCACUUUUGUUUUGCAUAACAGGAGCCACACUGGAGAAAAACCCUUUGUGUGCAAAGAAUGUGGAAAAGCCUUCCGAGAUAGGCCAGGUUUCAUUCGACACUACAUUAUCCACAGUGGUGAGAAUCCGUAUGAGUGCUAUGAAUGUGGCAAGGUCUUUAAACACAGGUCAUACCUCAUGUGGCACCAGCAGACUCACACUGGGGAGAAGCCCUACGAGUGCAGUGAAUGUGGGAAAGCCUUCUGUGAGAGUGCAGCCCUCAUUCACCACUAUGUCAUCCACACUGGGGAGAAGCCCUUUGAGUGCCUCGAGUGCGGGAAGGCCUUCAACCACAGGUCAUACCUCAAGAGGCACCAGCGGAUUCACACUGGGGAGAAGCCCUACGUGUGCACUGAAUGUGGAAAGGCCUUCACCCACUGCUCCACUUUUAUCUUGCAUAAACGGGCCCACACUGGAGAGAAGCCUUUUGAGUGCAAAGAAUGUGGGAAAGCCUUUAGCAAUCGGGCAGACCUCAUUCGGCACUUCAGCAUUCACACUGGAGAGAAGCCCUACGAGUGCAUGGAGUGUGGGAAGGCCUUUAACCGCAGGUCAGGCCUUACCAGGCACCAGCGAAUUCACAGUGGAGAGAAGCCCUAUGAAUGCCUCGAGUGUGGGAAGUCCUUUUGCUGGAGCACAAACCUCAUUCGACACUCCAUCAUCCACACUGGAGAGAAGCCCUAUGAGUGCAGUGAGUGUGGAAAGGCCUUCAGUCGCAGCUCAUCCCUCACUCAGCAUCAGAGGGUUCAUACUGGGAGAAACCGUGUCAGUGUGACAGAUGUGGGAAGAACCUUCACAAGUGGGCAGUCCUCAGUCAAUCUUCAAGAACUCCUAUUGGGGAAAGACUUUUUGCAUGUAACCACUGAGGAAAAUCUUUUGCCAGAGGAAACAUCUUACUCAGAAUCUGAUCAUUCAUACCAAAGAGAAACCCCACAAUUUUCUUCCCUGGGGAAAAAUACUACGUUACCCAGACGGCUGAGCGCCGCGUGUUUGCGCCGAUGCUGGGCCAGUGACGGCCCAGGACGGGGGGCGGUUCCCUGCGGCGCGCGCCGGCGGAGGCGGGACCUCCGACCAUUUGGAGAGCUGCGUCAUCUGUCUGUGCCGGCUGGGUCCUCCGGGGCGGUGGGCCGGCCCCCCCCCAACCCCCUCAUCCCCCUGCUCUGGGCAGGAGGCGGGCGGCUGAAUCCUGGAGCCGCCUCUCUGGCCCCGCUCUCUCUUCACGGUCCCGUGAUGGCGGCGUCGUGGUUGGGCCCGGCGCGGAUGCUUGUUACUUAUGAGGAUGUGGCCGUGACUUUUACCCAGGAGGAGUGGGGGCAGCUGGACCCCGCCCAGAGGACCCUGUACCAGGAGGUGAUGCUGGAGACCUGCGGGCUCCUGGUCUCUCUGGGAUGUCCUUUGCCCAAGCCAGAGCUGAUCCACCCACUGGAGGACAGCCCAGAGUUACAGACGUGGAAGAGAGGCCUCUCCCCAAACUCCUGCCCAGCUGGGGGGUCUGGGAAGUCCAGGAUCGAGGUUCUGGCAGACCUGGUGUCUGGUGCGGACCUGCUCCUUGGCGUGCAGGUGGCAGCCUUCUCCUUCUGUCCUCACCUGGCAGAGAAAAGAAGCAAGCUCCUUCGUAUCUUCUCUGGUGACAACACAACACCUGACACCACAGAGCCUGCCCCUCCUCACCUGGCCUUGUCUGAGGAAGUCUCACCCCAGGAACAACUGACUCAGCGAGCCUCAGGGAACUCCCUGUUGGGACAAACCAAAGAUCAGGUUGGGCCACUGGAAAUGCAGGAAGGCCACUUGAGACCAGGGAUGGACCCCCAGAGGGAGAAGCUCUCUGGGAAAAUGAGCCCUGAACAUGGUGGUUUAGGGACACAUGAUGGUCUGCACUCAAGGAUUGUUCAGCAGCGAGUAUUUCCAGGAGAUACUCUUUAUGAAUGUGACUCACGUGGACCAGUGAAAGGACCCUUGAUACACGAAGGGAAACACCUCUAUAAGUGUGAGGAAUGUGGGAAAAUUUUUAACAAGAAUUGCUUCCUUGUUCGACAUGAGCAGAUUCACUCUGGCGUGAAGCCCUAUGAAUGCACAGAGUGUGGGAAAACCUUUAUUAAGAGCACACACCUCCUCCAGCACCACAUGAUCCACACCGGGGAGAGGCCCUAUGAGUGCACGGAGUGCGGGAAGGCCUUCAACCGCAGGUCACACCUCACGAGACACCAGCGGAUUCACACUGGGGAGAAGCCCUACAAGUGCAGUGAGUGUGGAAAGGCCUUCACCCACCGCUCCAACUUUGUCUUACAUAACAGAAGCCACACUGGGGAAAAACCCUUUGUGUGCAAAGAAUGUGGGAAAGCCUUUCGAGAUAAGACAGGUUUCCUUCGACAUUACAUCAUCCACACGGGAGAGAAGCCCUUUGAGUGUGUGGAGUGUGGGAAAUCCUUCAACCGCAGGUCACAUCUCACCUGGCACCAGCAGAUUCAUCGUGGAGUGAGACCCUUUGAAUGCAACGAAUGUGGGAAAGGUUUUUGUGACAGCACGGACCUCAUCCAACACGAUGUCAUCCACACUGGCGAGAAGCCGUACAAGUGCCUUGAGUGCGGGAAGGCCUUCUACCGCAGGUCACACCUCAAGCAGCACCAGCGGAGUCAUACCGGGGAGAAGCCCUAUGUGUGCGGUGAAUGUGGAAAGGCCUUUACCCACUGCUCCACUUUUAUCUUACAUAAAAGAGCCCACACUGGAGAAAAACCCUAUGAAUGCAAAGAAUGUGGGAAAGCCUUUAGCAGUCGGUCAGACCUCAUUCGACACUUCAGCAUCCACACUGAAGAGAAGCCUUAUGAGUGCAUGGAGUGUGGGAAGGCCUUUAACCGUAGGUCAUACCUCACCAGACACCAGCGGAUUCACAGUGGAGAGAAGCCCUAUGAAUGCAUGGAAUGUGGCAAAGCCUUUUGCCAAAGGGCAAACCUCAUUCGACAUGCCAUCGUCCACACUGGAGAGAAGCCCUAUGUGUGCACUGAAUGCGGAAAGGCCUUUACCUACUGCUAUACUUUUAUCUUGCAUAAAAGGGCCCACAUUGGAGAAAAACCUUUUGAGUGCAAAGAAUGUGGCAAAGCUUUUAGCACUAGGAAAGACCUCAUUCGACACAUCAGCAUCCAUGCUGGAGAGAAGCCCUACGAGUGCAUGGAGUGUGGGAAGGCCUUUAACCGCAGGUCAGGCCUUACCAGGCACCAGCGAAUUCACAGUGGAGAGAAGCCCUAUGAAUGCCUUGAGUGUGGGAAAACCUUCUGCUGGAGCACAAGCCUCAUUCGACACUCUGUCAUCCACACUGGAGAGAAGCCCUAUGAGUGCAGUGAGUGUGGAAAGGCCUUCAGUCGCAGCUCAUCCCUCACUCAGCAUCAGAGGGUUCAUACUGGGAGAAACCGUGUCAGUGUGACAGAUGUGGGAAGAACCUUCACAAGUGGGCAAUCCUCAGUCAGUCUUCAAGAACUCCUACUGGGGAAAGGCUUUUUGCAUGUAACCACUGAGGAAAAUCUUUUGCCAGAGGAAACAUCUUACUCAGAAUCUGAUCAUUCAUACCAAAGAGAAACCUCUCAUUUUUCUUCCCCAUGAGAAAAGCUAUCGCAGGAUAUCAGUUGUCAUCUAAAGAGUCAUGUUAGAAAUGGCCUCAGCCUAGAAACUUACUCUGUAUCUGAAAAUUCACACAGGAGAGUGAUCCAAUCUUUAUUGUGCACUAGCAAAACCCUCAGCCACAUCUUUCUCCUUAGCUUACACUACAAAAUUAUUUCAGGGAUAUUUAUAAACAAAAGAGGAGGAGACGAGAAAAGAGAGAAAUGCAAACACAGCUUUCAGAUGUCCAUGAUGAGCCUGUGGCAGUUUGUCAUCCCUUCCUUAGUUUAUUUGAGGUUAGGGGAGUGUUGUUGCAGAGAUCAGAGGGCCUUGUUCCUUUUAUUUGUCUUGAAUAUACAUGCACUGCUGUCCAGUGUCAGGAGAGUUAGACAGUUGAGGGUAUGUCUGAAAAUACUUACUGAAAACCAGCUUUGUUCUACAAUAUUGUCUCUGUCCUUGAGUAGCAUAUGUCUUUAUGAGAAAUAUGAAGGCUUGACUUAUGAAAUACUUUCAUAUUUAAGGAGAUGAAGAUGUAUGUAUGAGUGGACCCAUUUUACUGCAUAUUUAAGACUGAUUUUUUUUUUUUUUUUUGCGGUAUGCGGGCCUCUCACUGUUGUGGCCUCUCCCGUUGCGGAGCACAGGCUCCGGAUGCGCAGGCCCAGCGGCCAUGGCUCACGGGCCCAGCCGCUCCGCGGCAUAUGGGAUCCUCCCAGACCGGGGCACGAACCCGUAUCCCCUGCAUCGGCAGGCGGACUCUCAACCACUGCGCCACCAGGGAGGCCCAAGACUGAUUUUUUGAGAACAUACUGUGUCGUGUCUUUAACCACCCAACACUCAUACUUAAUCUACUUGUUCUUUUUUUUUUUCUGUGGGGUGACGAUGACAGUGUAGCUGUGCGACCUUCCUAGAUGAAUCCCAGUUCUUCCCUCUGAUUCCUCCUUAGAGAGGUUUCUUCAGGUCCAUUUCAGUGACUUUCUAGAGAUCGAAUUAGAGCCAGAACAAAAUAAAACACAUAGCUAAAUUAAGCUAAAGGAUAAUGAUACAUGCAAAGAGGUAGUCUCAUUUUUAAUCUUACAAAAGAUUGUGUGAAGAGUCACUGUCAAGGAAAGUGACUAGAAUUCUAACAGAUGAAAUGAGCAUGUGUGGGUGCAGGUACAUGUGUGUUCCACAGUUGUUGCCAUUGGCUUAGUCCCAGUAUAAUGACUAAAUGACUAGUAUCUUUUGUCAGGGUAUUUUGAAAUUACUUCUUCGGAGUUCUUUUUUUUUUUUUUUUUUUUGAGCAACAUGUGAUAGUAUUCCUUCAUGUUAAGAAAUAUACUGUACAGAAAGACCUAAAAAUAAUCAUGCAUUCACUCUGAACCCCCCUCAGGGCCUUUCAAAUGACUGCAUGUCUAGUUUUGUAUUCCCAUUGAAGGCCAAGUCAUUUUUGUUGUGUUAAUCCAUGGUAGUAUCGUGAAGGCCCCUUCAUGCUGUUCAUGUCUUGUCUAAGAAGUCUUCAGCAAGUUCUAGGUCCUGAAUAUUUUCUCCUAAAAGUCUUACAGUUUUACCUUUUAUAUUUAAAUCUCUAGUCCAUGUUGAGUUAAUUUUUGUAUUACCAUGUGAAGUUUAGGUUGUGUUUUUUGCCUCGGGAUGUUCAGUUGUUCUGGUACCAUUUGUGGAAAAGACUGUCCUGCCUCUACUGAAGUGAACUUAGUAAAAAAUCAGUUGGGCAUAUUCAUUUUGGUCUAUUUCUGAGUUCUUUGUAUUAUCCCGUUGAUCUGGGUAUUUAAACCUCUGCUAAUACCACAUUAUCUUGAAUA